GUGCCGUGAGUCACGGAGGGCAGGGCCGGGCUGGGCAACCGCACCGCCGCGCUGCCGAGCGCAGGAUGCCCCAGCUCCCCGGGAUGCCCCGGCACCCACGCUGCCUGCGGAGAGGGACGGCGCGCCCGGGACACUGACCGCAAAAUCAGUAUGUGCAUAGAAAAAACACAAAUUUGGCAAAGGAGAGCACUGUGCGACAGGCCCCGGUGAGGCCAGUGUCCCCUGCAUCGGCAGGGACCAGCCGGGGAUGUUUUCCAAACCCAGGGCAGUUUUGCUCCACUCACUGUGUCCGAAUCGUGGCGCGGGUCCGAAUCCUCACCAGCCCCAGGCUCCGCUCAUGGCAUUUGGAGGGAAGCUCAACAGGCUCCAAAAAGCAAACCGAUACCAAUUUUGAAGACUUGGCAAGGGGAAUUUUAAGGACUGCUCUUCUGCGCCAUCACACCCGUCACCAGAUCAGGCACUGGGCUGAAGAGCCAGGCGUGGGAGAGGCUCCCUGCAUUUGAAAAGCAAAAUUUCAUGCAGAAAGGAGCAAAAGGCAACAGCCCAGUGCAGCAUUUGUCCUCCAAAACCUUUAAACUCUCCAUUUUCAGGGUGAUUCGUGAGCGUUGGCCACCCCCUUGGUUGUGCUCUCUCUCAUCAUCACCAUGCGGGUGACAGGCGUGAUCCGGUAUGUGGCACUGCUCAUCACACUGCUGGGCACAUGGUUCAUCGUGCAGACGUACUUUGAUCACAGAUGGAAAGUCAUCAGCCUGCGGAGCUGGCUCGGUACCACCAACAAGCUCAGCAGUGAGCAGCUGCCCCGGCACAAGUGUGGGAACCAGAAGAGCUGCCCCCAGAACUAUUUUGCCUUCAAGAUCAUCAGCGGCGCCGCAAACGUGGUGGGACCCUCCAUCUGCUUCGACAACGUGGUCCUCAUGAGCAGCGUGAAAAACAACAUUGGCAGAGGCCUGAACAUCGCGCUGGUGAAUGGAACAAGCGGGCAGCUCCUGAAAGCUGACAUAUUCGACAUGUACUCCGGAGACAUUAACAAACUGGAUACCUUCCUCCAAGACAUCAAGCGUGGCACCAUCGUGCUGGUGGCCAGCUACGAUGACCCUGCUACAAAGAUGAAUGACAAAGUACGGGCACAGUUUGUGGAGCUGGGCAGCAGCCACGUGAACAACCUGGGCUUUCGGGACAACUGGGUCUUCUUGGGAGCGAAAGGGCUGAAGAACAAGAGCCCCUUUGAAGAGCUCAUCAAAAAUGAUAGGAAGACUAAUAAAUAUGAUGGCUGGCCUGAGAUGCUGGAGCUGGAGGGCUGUGCCCCCAGGAAGAUGGAUUAGCAUCAAGCCCCAGCCUGCUACAGAGGCAAGACCAGUCUUGCGGGGACACCAGCCCCGUCGCAGGGACACCAGCCCCACCACACCAACCCCAGCCCCCCACCGCCCGGUCACACAGCCCAGCAGCGGCUGCCCGCUCCCAGGGACUGGCCGUUUCACAGCAGGAGCUGUGCAGGGCUUGGAGAAGAGCUGUACAAGUGCCUGCAGAGCCUGAGCAAAUGCCUGGCCAGGUUUCAGCUGUGUUGUUCUCAUCUAUGUGUCAAUUUGGGGUAUUUUAUUUUUCUGUCUUUAAACCAAAAGCUUUUUAGAAGGUUUUUCAGAUUUCUUAAAUAAGGUAUCUAAUUAUAAAACACUAUAAAACU